GGCUCACGUUGCACAUUUGUGUCAAGCGGUUUGGACUGGAUGACGUUAUACGAUGCGUAACUGGAAAACAACUAAAACAUACUCACUUUAUGCUGGAUGGACAAUCAAUUUUGUGCUCGCCCAAGUUGUGGACAUUAAACCCGAGGGUCAAGGGGAUCUCAACAGUACCCGAGACACAAGCCUGACAUCCUAGACCCAGCGCUCACCUGCAUCAUUGUUGGUCCGUUGCCACCACAUGGAACCGAUUCCCUCUAAACACAUGACGACGCCUCGCUACGACUUCAACUGGACAAUAUGCUGUUAAUGUAUGACCAGAGCGUAGUGAUGUCAGGAGGCGAUGGUGGCCAAGAUGGGGAGGAGCCAGCAAUGCCAGCGGGCACAGCGGAGGGUGAAGGGGCGGACGGGGUGGCAUCAGCGCGUCAGGAUGGACGGGUGCGGUUGCAACACCUCACGGCAGAGGGACAAGGAGCGUUAACAGGAGAAGGGGGUCAGGAAGACGAGGAGAUGACCAAUUCCUCCAAUGAUCUUUCUUCUGUGGCCAAUGAAAGCCCAGGCAGCACCAGAUUAUGUCCCACACCGUCAGCCAAGAGCAGCGAGUUGGCCGUCAGUGGAAGAGGACACGCCCACCGGGAAGUGGUGAGCACCGUGGCUGAGAUGAAGAAGAGGCUUCCUUCGGACAAGCAGAGCCACAGCAAAGCCAGCACUGUGGAGGCCUUACAUUACGCUCUCAAAUGCGUCAAGCAAGUACAAGCUAACAGCGAGUACUACAAGUUGCUGAUGCAAAAUGGACAGGAUCAGAGAAGAGAUGACACUGUUUGCACCUUGGAAGAGCUGGAGAGGGUCACCUCUGAGCACAACCUUAAAAACACGGAUUCCUUCGUGAUGGUUUUCUCUCUGUCGAGCGGCCGGGUGUUGUACACGUCGGAGCAGGCUCCCAGCUUGCUGUGCUGCAAGAGGAAGUACCUGGAGUCUGCAAAGUUUGUGGAACUGCUCUUCCACCAAGACGUCAACGUCUUCUACUCGCACACGGCGCAGCCACACCUGCCCCCGUGGAGCAACUCGCACUCGGCUGGAGUCCUGUUCGACAGUGCCCAGGUCAAGUCCUUCUUCUGCAGGAUAAGGGGAAGCAAAGAUCGCGAGGGCGAGAUGCGUUACAAUCCCUUCAGGAUCACACCUUACCUGCUGAAGGUGCAAAGAACAGGGAGCGGAGAAGAGGAGGAGCCGUGCUGCCUGGCGUUAGCCGAACGAAUCACCUCUGGAUACGAAGCACCUCGUAUCCCUAUGGACAAACGUAUAUUCACCACGACACACUCCCCCGGCUGUGUUUUCUUGGAAGUUGAUGACAGGGCCGUGCCUUUGCUGGGAUACAUGCCUCAGGACCUGAUUGGCACCUCGUUGCUGACCUGCAUCCACCCAGAGGACCGUCCCCUCAUGCUGUCGAUGCACAGGCAAAUAUUAAAGUACGCCGGCCAGCCUCCGUUUGAGCACUCUCCAGUGCGUCUGCGGUGUCAGAAUGGAGACUACGUCACGCUGGACACCAGCUGGUCCAGUUUCAUCAACCCCUGGAGCCGCAAGGUGGCCUUCAUCAUCGGACGGCACAAAGUCAGGACGAGCCCUCUGAACGAGGACGUGUUUGCGGCUCGGACGAAGGACUACGUUCCCAUCACUUAUGAGGAAAUAAAGGACCUUCAAGCCAAGAUCUAUAAGCUUUUCCUCCAGCCGGUGCACAACAAUGGCUCCAGCGGUUACGGCAGUUUGGGAAGUAAUGGCUCCCAUGAGCACUACGUCGGCUUUGCUUCUUCAAGCGAGAGCAACGGGAACCUGUGGGAGGAUUCAAACCGGGAACCGAUGACCUUGCAGCAGAUCUGUGCUGACGUGAACCGAUCGAAAAGUUGGGGCCAACAUGCUUAUCUUGACUCCGGCCAAAGAAAUGGCCCUCCUGGCAGACUUAACACAGUGCGAGGAAACAAAGAAAGCAGGAAGCAAACGCACAUUCCCUCCUAUCAGCAGAUCAACUGCGUGGACAACAUCAUCAGGUACUUGGAGGGCUGCGCUGGUCAGGUCCUGAAGCGAAAGAGCGAAUCUCCCUCCGUGGACACGACCUCUUCCUCGUCUUCCAACACAGAAGAAGAAGAGGAGAAGGCCACAGGUGUGGCUCCGAACGCCCCCGAAGUGGUUGUGUUGGACAGUGAGGUGUCAGUGGCCCCUACAGCUGCAGCAGUUGUCGGGGCCCCUCUGACAGACAUCACCAUGUCCUCUAAGGCCAUGAGUGUUGUCUCGGUCACUAGCCAGUGUUCGUACAGCAGCACCAUCGUCCAUGUACCGCAGCCUGAGUCAGAGGCCACGGCACCGGAGGACGCCCCGAUGGGCAGCGAGCCGGCUGAACCCGCCGCCGCCCCUCUCCGCCCAGCCCCCGGCCUCGCCGCGGAGGGGAGGAGGCUGGUGGGUCUCACCAAGGAGGUGCUGUCAGCUCACACUCAGAAAGAGGAGCAGGAAUACGUCGAUCGUUUCCGCCAUCGCAUCCUCCAGAGUCCCUACAGCUCCUAUUUACAGCAGGAAAACGGCUCAAUGGCUCAUUCCCACCAACCAGGGGACUAUCUGCGUCCGAUAAGCGCUGGAGGCUGGAAUCGCUCUCGAAGAGCAAAGGCCAGACACAAGCGACCCAAACCCCAGGGCUCCUCGGACAGCUACGCCUCCCCGACUGGCCCCGCCCGCCCUGUUCCUGGCUCAUCGUGGCCCUCCUCGGAGUCCUCCCAGCCUCAGAGGGCGGAGACCUACAGCCAAACAUCGCCCGUCCCGCUGCCCUUCUUCCCCGUCCUGGGGAAUCCUGGCACGGAGCAGCCCACCGGAGCACAACAGCUGUCCGCGGCCGCUCCCGCACUGUUACAACCUCCCGAGCAGCUCGGCUGCAACUUUAACGUCACGCCAUCCGUUCAGGGCCAGCCGGCCAUGCAGCCGCUUCAGAUGCUGCCCCUGCAGAACGUCCAGAACUUUUACAGCCCCCUCCCGCUGGUUUCAGCCCAGACCUUCAACCCCUACAUGUCUCCAGUCAUGGCCGUCAUCCUUCCCAACUAUCCCGCUUUAACUCCGGCCUUUCCUCCCGUUCCCUCUACUGUACCUCAAGGAUCCAACGUGACGGCGGACUACGCUCCCGGCGGCGCGUCCUUCCCUCAGCCUCAGUUCCAGGUCCAGACUGGCCCUCACGCUCAGACGCCACCGGGUCUUCUACUUUGCUCACAGAAAGCCACCUCCUCUGUCGGGGAGGAGGAGGAGAGGGCCGGGCCUCAGGCUUUAUUCUCAAGCUCGCGCUCCAGUUCCCCUUUACAGCUCAAUCUCCUGCAGGAGGAGCUCCCCAAGCCGAGCGACGGGCAGAGCAGCACCGGACACAACCACUCGGAAAGUCUGCUUGAAAAACAUGCUAUUGAGGGUGAUGCCCCAAGUGAGUCUGGCAACCAGGAUGCCCAGUCAACAUCCAGUGAGCUGCUGGACCUGCUCCUGCAGGAGGACGCCAGGUCAGGGACCGGCUCCAACGCUUCGGGAUCUGGAUCAGGGGAAUCUGGAGGUUCGCUGGGGUCCGGAUCCGGCUCCGGCUCCAAUGAAACGUCCACCUCUCACACCGGCAGCAGCAACAGCAGCAAGUACUUUGCCAGCAACGACUCGUCGGAGACGUCCUGCAAAGCUCAUAAGAGCCAGGAGGCAGCGGUGGAGCGCCCGCACGGCUUUGACAGUCGGGUGGAGAACUCCCUGUGGAGCAUGAUCCAGCACACGCCUGAGCGGGUGAUGAUGACGUACCAGAUACACACCAGGGACCAGAUGGAGGUGCUGGCCGAAGACCGCGAGAAGCUGCGAGCGCUUCAGCCUCUCCAGCCGUGGUUCAGCCAGGAGCAGAGAGAGGAGCUGGCCAAGGUCCAUCCUUGGAUCAAGCAGCACACCAUCCCACGGGAGAUAGACACACAGGGUUGUGUGAGCUGCAUCACGGUGACAGGCCUGGCCCAGGCCCCUCAGCCAGCGGUCCCAGACGGUUUAUUACCGGCGGAGAGCCUUCAGGCGGACCCCGUUGGACCCGCGGCUGACACCUUCAGCGGCUCGCAGUGAACCAACCGUGUCAGAAACGUCAGAAACAGCCGCGGUGCGUCUCGUCCCACAGCUCCACAGCAAUGGAUCCGGUGCUUUUAACUUAUCUUCAACACUUUUUGUAUAAAACGAGGCGAGGGCCUGGGAGCACAGAGGUGGGUCUGCAGCGAGCUGAGAGGGACACGUUACGUUACUGGCCUCGUUACGGACCACUGAAACGGCACCUCUCUUCUUUUUUCUGCCGAUGAAGCCCCUGGAGGGACUUGUGUCAUAGUAAUGACUCCCCGGCUCUUUGUGUCACUCAACCACCUGCUGCUCAGACCCAGAACGCACAGGAAACAUUUAUCCAGUGGCAGGAAGUCCAUGUGGAGCAGCUUAUUGACCCACAUCGACACUUUCAGCAACACGGCAGCAGCCAGCCAUGAGCACCGCGCGGGAAACUACUUUUUUUUUAAUCUGAUGGAGACAAAGACAUGUUAGCAGCUCUCGGUUGUUUUUAAUGUUCAGGUAAAAAUCCUACGAGUUGUUACUGUGUUAUGAUCGCCUGUUUCCAUAACCCGGUGUCCGCCGGUCCAGAUCAUCCUUUUUGUUGUGUAGCGUAAUAUCGAUGUCGACUCAUGAAUAACGGCCAACCUGUUGAGAAUGUCAGAUCUCAUCAACUGGUUCAUACCUGUAGACUGUGUAGCUGUGAAGAGGCGCUACGCAGCACCGGGUUUCCGCUGAUUUCACCUUUUAUCGACUAAAAUAAUUCUCCCUCCAGACCCUGUAGCGGUAUUUUUGGACCGUGUGUGCGCGUGAUUGUGCGAUAGAAAGAGAAAAAGGAACCCGACCAAUUCUGUGAACGUUCCUGUCCUGAAGUGAGGUUGAGGGUGUGAAUGCGUUGACCGUCUACUUCCUGUGAAACACUUGUCCAACAGUACAACACAGAGCUGGGUUUGUAUCAUUUUUUUUUUUUUUUUUUUGGAUCAAAGGUAUAUAUAUACCAGUGCUGUGUGUUUUUAUAGAAAAUCUACACAAAUACAUACUACAAAGUGUAUAAAAAAGCCAUCUGUCUUGAAUUCAGGGACUGUUUGUGACACAAAAGAAUGAAUAAAUGAUCUAUGAUCUGAGA